AUGGAGGCUUUAGCGAUGGCGGGAGUGGAUUAUCAAGAAUGGGGACUUAGUAUUGAGGAGUGGGAGCUUCAAGAAUCCGUAGUUCCGCUCCAUUUGCUUGCUGAUGAUUUUAAAGAAGAAGAACAAGAAGAAGAUCAUCAAGACAAUGAUGAUGAUGAUAGAGUUUUAGAUGGCUUAGCGGUUAAACAAUCUGUCACUCGUGACAUUAGAGCUUCGGUUGGGAAAUUUAUUGAGCAAUCUAUGUCACAUAUGAUUGUUCACCUCAAACAGCUUAAGUUCUUAACACUUCUUCUUGAGAACUUUUUGUUUACCCAUGUUCUUGAUUUUCUUUUGUAA